ACGGGCUCUCCCCCCGAGAGCUCUGCAGCUCCGCCAGACAGAGCCGUAGUACUGGCACUGACAGCGCGGGGAGCGAAGCGGGUGGGGUAUUCGCGGCUCUGAUUUGGACCCUCGUCAUGCCCACGUACUGUGUCACUGAGAGAGGAAUUCAGUUACCAUGGUUUAACCUAUCAGUACUGGGACCAAGUGCCUCCCCUCCCAACUGCUCUAUAAAAAGAGUCUCUGAAGAUGCCCCGGCGGCUCCUCACUGCCGGCUCCGAGCAGCAGGUGCUCAGCGCGCAGGGAGGGGUUGCCGCUAUGCCGUCUGCCUUCCAGCUGCAGUGCCACCUCGUCCUCAUCCUGCUGGCAGCCUCCAAAGGGGACACCCGCUACCUCGAGGUGAGGGAUGCUGGCGAAGAUGAGCCCUUCCUGCUCCUCAGCGAAGACCUGAAGCGGGAGCUGUCUGCAGGACACAUCUACCGGCGGUCUCUGCGCUGCAUUGACAUGCUGAGCAUUGAGGGGCAGUUCACCUUUACUGCCGAUCAGCCCCAGUUGCACUGCGCCACAUUCUUCAUCGGUGAACCUGAGGAGCUCCUCACCAUUGAAUAUGACUUUGUGAAUAUCGACUGCCAAGGAGGUGACUUCCUGAAGGUUUUUGAUGGCUGGAUACUCAAAGGAGAGAAGUUUCCUAGUUCCUUGGACCAUCCCCUCCCCACUUCCCAAAGGUACACAGACUUCUGUGAGAGUGGUGCUGUCCAGAGGAGUAUCAGGUCAUCACAGAAUGUGGCAAUGAUCUUCUUCAGGAUUCACCACCCAGGCAAUGGAUUUACGAUCACAGUCAAGAAGAGUGCCAACCUCUUCCCUUGCAAUGUCAUCUCUCAGACUCCCUCAGGAAGGUUUACCAUGGUCAUUCCUCAUCAACACAGAAACUGCAGUUUUUCUAUAAUUUACCCAGUGGUGAUAAAAAUCUCCGAUCUCAUCCUGGGACACUUAAACGGCCUCUUUUUAAAGAAUCCGUCAGUGGGCUGUGCAGGAGUGGGGGACUUUGUGGAGCUGUUAGGAGGUACUGGCUUAGACCCAUCCAAGAUGUUUCCACUGGCUGACCUCUGUCAUUCCUUUCAUGGGUCUGCCCAAAUGAAGGUUGGUUGUGACAAUACUGUGCUAAGGAUGGUCUCCAGUGGCAAACACAUCAAUCGUGUGACAUUUGAGUAUUAUCAACUUGAUCUGCAGGAAAUAGAGAACAGGAAGGAGAAUAGCAUUGAAGAAUUCUGCUUCCCUGGUAUCUGAAAAACCAGACAACACAUUUUCAUGUUGCUAAUCAUAAUAAUGUUCUGGCAAAUAAAAAAAAUGUAAUUUUUCCUUCAACCAGCUGUUGGUUUCAAGCCUUUCUACUGUGCAAGGAUUUCAUUUUAUUUUCUUCCUCAUACAAAUCAAUCGUUCAUAUGAGCAAGGAGGAAAAAGCAUAUUUUUCUUCAUUACUACAAUUAUUUUCUGCAGUAUUUAAAAUCAUGUACUACACCCCAAAUCAAUAACAAGAACAAAAGGCUAAGUUUCCAGUACAUGUAUUAUUAGGGGAAUAUACACAAAAAUCCUACGUGUAUCCAGUCAGAGCACAUAAAAAAAACAACAGUAUGUGUAAACUUACUGCAGAAGCUUUAUCCUUUUAUAUCAAGAAUGAACAAAAAUAUAAGGUGGUUGAAUACAUUUCCAGUUCUGUAGCAGGAAAUCCAACAUUAAUGUGUGUAAAAAUGACUUGUUUGUUUAUGAAUAUAAAUGUACUAUUUAAUGACUUGUUUUUAAUAAAAAUUUAUGGCAUGGGUAUUUCCUUACGUGAAUCCAAACAUGAAUAAAUAAAUUCAAAGAGUUGGCAAAACAUUA